GACCGCCGCGUCCCGUGGGCGCCGCGCGAGCAGCUGCGGGCCGCGCACGCGCAGGAGCCGCGCCUCGGCGGUGGCGGCGCCGCGCCGGGACCGUUCUGCGCGCUCAGCUCUUCACAGCGCUGAAAAUGUCAGGUCUGCUUGAGAACUUGAGGUGCUCGGAGUGCGUUGACUGGGGAGAGAAACGAAACACGAUCGCUUCGGUUGCUGCGGGAGUGCUGUUUUUUACAGGUUGGUGGAUAAUCAUAGAUGCAGCUGUAAAAUACCCUAAAAUGGAAGACUUCAACCAUUCCUACCAUGCCUGUGGGGUUAUAGCCACCAUCGCGUUCCUAAUGAUCAACGCGGUGUCUAACGGACAAGUGCGGGGUGACAGUUACAGUGAAGGCUGCCUCGGACAAACAGGUGCUCGGAUCUGGCUGUUCAUUGGGUUCAUGAUGGCUUUUGGAUCUCUGAUUGCUUCCAUGUGGAUCCUUUUUGGAGGCUAUGUUGUUAAAGAAAAACCCGUGGUGUACCCAGGGAUUGCUGUGUUUUUCCAGAAUGCAUUCAUCUUUUUUGGAGGACUGGUCUUCAAAUUUGGUCGCACGGAAGACUUGUGGCAAUGAACACGCUGUGGAAGAGCGCUGGCCACGCUGCGUUUUUAACUGCACACUCCCAACCUUUUGUACAACCAUUUUGUAAACAGUGACCUUCCGUUGUGUCUAAAGAUCAAACAAGGAAAACUGAAACCUUAGUACUAAAAAUUCCAGUUCUGUUCUGUUUUUUUACUCUGUAUGUUGAUUUAAAUGUUGUGAUGUUUUUGACGAAGGAAACAUUGCUACAGGUAACAAUGUCAGUCACUUUUAUGAUACAGUGUUUGCUACAAGUAAAUAGCAUAGUGGAAAAUGGAUGUAUUUUACCAGCUGUUUCUAUGGUGUUACUUACAAUCAAAACUUACUAAAAAUGCUUUAAACAACUUUUUAACGUAUAUUUAUUAAACAUUUCCUAUAUCUGGACAAUAUAACUGUUUCUUCAACUUCAGAACUUACUGAUGUGUGGCUUUUCUUGCAUAGAAAUAGAACUGUGCUGCUUUCAGAUGGUUUUUUCUCCCUCCCUCUGUAUUUUAUUUAUCUUGUGAUGAUAAUCAGGAAGUAAUGACUUACUGCUGCUGUGGAUGACGCAGUAGAGGCACAAAUACAAAUUACAGAGUGGGUCUAGCUGGAAGUAACUCAUCCACAAAGCUUGCUGUCAGCUAUUUUCUAACCACUGCAAAACAAAGAAAGACUGCUCUUCAGAGUUCUGUCUUGGGCAAAGAGCACUCCUGAGACCAGGGACAGUCACUACCAGGGAGAAUUUUGAUCCUGCAUCUGCCCCUUUCUGUGCACUCACUUAGCCUAGCUGCUCAGAAAAAUCAGUGGCAAAAGGCAGGGAAUAAAAUACUAUUCCUUGAAAGCACUCCCGUUAUAAAACAGCCCUUUGGUUGCAGAAGUUAUGUUUGUCUGGUUGCUGGACAGUGAGAAACACUAUCUGAGCCUGGAUUUAUGCUCCUGCUACACAGGCAGGCAGCAGUGUGUUAACUGUGAGGUGUGUGACUAACAUGUGUCCAGGCUGUGUCGCCCUUGGCUGGGGGAGGCUGGGGGCUGCUGAUAAACUCAGCAGAUCACUGGCUGUUUUGUGACCUGGAAAUAAAACCUGGCUCUUCUUCCACUAGUACUUUUUCAUUACUUGAAUCCUGUCUCACACUGUAACUGUAGUGCUCUACUUUGCUUAAUCUCUAAUGAGUGAAUGAGGUCAGCACUGUCAGUGCAGGGAGCAGCAAAGACCUCGUGCCUUGUUUUCAAUAAUACAUUUUCCCUUGUUCCUUUAUUUUUAAGCAAGUGUGCUGAAUAAACAAAAACAAUCCA